AUGCCAUCGCCGGUGAUACAUUGUGUAUUAUGUGAUCGACGGGAAAGAAUAGCUCGUUCAAAAUUGACUAUCAUUACCACUGUUGAACGAGAACAAAAAGUUUAUGAAGGAUAUAAAAAACGUUUUGGUCAACCACUGAAUUAUUCAUUACUUAAUAAAACUGUUCAUACAUCAUGUUACAAAACAAUUACAGUACGUUUAAAAUCAUUAUCUAAUAGAAGUAUAACUAGUCCACAUAGAUGUAUUCCAUAUGAUAACUGCUGCAUAUCGAUGUUAACAAAUGAAUCGUCACAUGAAUGUUCAUCUAUCGCUAUUGAACGAAAUUCUUUUGAUUUACAUGAACCAGUUGAUGUUAAUGAAAAUUUAAAGAUUGACUUGCCAAUGGUUGAUAAUAGUUGUGUUCUCUCAUCGAAUGGCGAGAACGAUGAUUUGUUUUCAUCAAAUCAGUAUACACACUCUUUUGAUACUUCCAAUGAAUUACAUAAUCGACAACCGUUUAUUGAUCGAACAAACGAAGAUGUAUCUUUAUCACCUCCAGAUAUUAACUACUGCUCAACAAUAGCGAUUGGUUUUACGUCUUCACAAUUAAAUAAUGAGAGUGUGGUUCAAAACGGAACAAUUAAUGGAAAUAAAAAAACAUUUAACAUGGAUUUGGCAACGAAUACAUCGCUUGAUACUUCAACAACAUCUUCGUCAAAUACUUCAACAAUUAAUUAUACAAGUGAAAGAUGUAUCACAUCUACUGCUUCAUGUCCACAUGGCCGUUUUAAGAGGAAGCUAAAAAAAAAAGUAGUAAAACAAAUACAACGUGAACAAAAUUAUAACGUCUCAAGUUCCCGUCGAUCAUUUCGAAUCAAAUCAACAUUUAAAGUAGCAACACCGAAUCCAGAAACUAGUGAUAUGUCUCGCUUUUUUUCAACUUCUUUUGAUGAAUUAUGCAGUUGGCUAAUAGAAAUUCUUAAUACUGGUGUUAUUAUAUCGAUCGUUGAUGUUAGUUGUGAAUAUAAAACUAUUUGUCAACGGCGUAAAGAAACACUGAAACCAAACAUGCUUCGCACAUCAUCAAUUCAAAGUCGUCUCAUUCAUAGAUAUGGUGACAUGCUGCACUUUGAGAAGCGCAGCAAUAAUGAAGGUAUUUUCGUUGGAUUAUCUGAUCCCUCUGUUUAUAUACGAUGUGCUUUGUCAAAACCUAGUAUCUGGCAACGAGCAGAUACUACUGAUCCUCAAAGACAAGAACAAUUAUGUGAAAGAUUUAUAGAUCUUAUCGAACAACUUCGAAGCUCACUUAAAAAUAAUCUUCAUAUUAUUAAAUCCAUAAAGUAUGAUGAAUCUUCAUUAGCUAACUUUGAUUCUGAUUUAUACUGGGCAUGUAUACCUCUUUUAUUAAAAAAUUUUAUUGGUAUGUUGACAUUGAACGAUGAUAAAUUCUCCAAAAUGAAAAACGAAUAUGAAUUCUAUGAUAUUCAAACAAAGGAUCUUUUUAAUAACUCUGCCAAAUGGUUGAAGAUAGCCUCAAUUUGUUAUGAUUUAAUAUAUACAAGUAGUAGUCAUAAUAUUACUCCUAAACAUUAUUUACUUGGUAAUGAACUUUAUCGACAUGGAAGAUCGGAGCAAUUAUUGACUAUCACAAAUAGACUUGGUUAUACCCCAAGUUACAAGUCGAUUGUUCGAUUACAUACUGAAGCUGCAGAAAGAUCACGAAAAGUACCAAGACCGUUUUUCUGUGCUGGUCAAUAUUCUAGUUCAUUCGAUCACAAUUUUGUUGUCAAGGUAGCCGAUAACUUCGACCUUAAUCCUGAUAGGUUACAUGGAAAUAACAGUAUACACAUUCUCAAUCAAAUAAUUAUAUCAACACCAGAAAAUAAUGAACUUCCAAUAGUAGUCGCUGAAUGUCUCGAUGAUAUAGUCCAUAGAAUAGUUAGUUCCAAUAUUUCUAGUACGAUUGCUUUCGUAUCUAUUAUUGAUGCUACUCCAAUUACAACUUGCUCUUCUUUCUCCGACAAAAUGUUCAUUAAUCAAGCACUUGAUUUACCUAUGUUAGCGUAUUGUUUGAUUAAAUUCGCGAAUGAUACCACACGUGUCUCAUUCAAUUAUCUUUCUCCAUUGAUACCUCGUUUAGUUCCAAUUUUGUCAGGAUUUUUUUCCACUUACUUGAAUUUUGAAACAAGACCUCUACAUCUCGUUUCAUUUUUGACACCAAUCACCGAUGAUCCUAGUUCAGAAUCAGCAGCAAAAAAAUGUCUUGAAGAAACGAAACAAUUAUUUAUAGAUUCCAUGUAUCAAAAAGAAGGUGUGGUUGUCGUUGACGAAAAAAUUUAUCGCAGUUGUAUGAAGGUAAAAUAUCGUCAACCCGAUGUCUUUAAAAAUAUUUUUAUUUAUCCUGGAGAUUUCCAUCUCAUGAAAAAUAUGAUGGUUGUUUUAUGGAAUUUACUUAAAGGAUCAGGCAUAGAAGAUGUAUUCGAAAAUAUUUACAAGGAUGCAACUUUGUCGUCAGUUUUUGAAGUACGUCAUUUUAAUAGAAGUUUACGAUGCUGUAAACUUUUAUAUACAGCAUUGCAUGUGCUAUGUAUUGAAGCCUUUUUCGAUCAAACAUCAAUAUCAUUAUCAACUUCUGAUUGUAUGAAAAAUUUAAAGUCAGUGAUGUUACAGAUACCAUCAGAAUAUGCAGCGGAUGAUAUUUCUCAAAAAUGGUUUGCGCAACUACUUCAAAAGAUUGAACAAAGUGAUUUUUCAACUUAUUUUUAUGCUUGGGCUUUUAAUUCUAGUAAAGCUAACUCCACUUUUCGUUUAUGGUACUUUAUACUUCAUCGUAUUCUUAAACCUAUUCUUCAAUUAUACAUGUCAAUACGUACAUGUAAUUUCGAAGCAAGAAAUGCUGCAUUAUAUCAGUUCGCCCCCAUAUUCUUCACAACAAGUCAUCGUAAUUAUAGCCGGCUCGUGGCACAACACUUGUACGAUUUACAAUCAGCAUCACCAUAUUUACUUUCACGCAUGGCACGAUCUUUUGCAGUAACUCGUUCACAAAGAAAGUUCUCUAAACUGAAGGAUGCUAAUACUUAUGUACCUAACAUCGAUGGUCAAUUGAAUAAUAAACGUGGGGUACUUGCAAACAUCAAAGAUUACAAUCAUUUGGCGAAAAUUGCAGACCAUGAAAUUCGUCGUAUAGUUCUCAUAGCACAACAAAGAAACCUAAAACCAUUAUCUCAAUUUUUUUCUUUUGAAUUUUCUCCUGUUCCUCUAUCUCUUUGUGAUAAUCAAAAUAUAGAUUUACUUAAUCAGCAGACAAAAGCAACGGUUAUUGACAUUUUAAAUAACAAUUUUUCAUCAUCUUUUUCGUCCUCAUGCUCAAUCUCGACUAGUCAAAGUGCUAUCGUAAUUGAUGGUCGUAUUUUAUUUGAAACAAAACCAAACCCUGAAGUAAAAACAAUAAGAGAUUAUGCAAUUCAAUUGUUGGAAAAUGAUAUAAGAGAUUUAUUUUAUAUACAUGAUCGAAUUGACGUAAUAUUUGACCCAAUGAAAGAGAAGAACCUGCAACAAUUUAGUAAGAUACAAGACCAUCGUUGCGAGAAAAAUAUUUAUCAGCUAAGAGGUGAUGACAAAAUUGAAAAAUCAUUCAAGAAAUUUGUUCAAUCUAACCCAGUCACUCUUGCACGAUGUAUAUGUACUUGUUGGAUGGAAUCUGAAUUGAUUCAACGUUUACCACCAGGGCGUCUACUUGUAGUAGGUAGACCUGAUUUAACAGCUGUAAAGUUGAAAAAAGGAGAUGCUCCUGAACCAGAUUAUCUUCUAGAAACAAAUCAAGAUCAAUCUCGUACGAGAAUCUUAUUACAUACAAACUCAAUUAGUUUAGAUCAAUACCAAAAGAAAGUCUUUAUCAACACGACAGAUACUGAUAUUGUUUUACUUGCGAUUGCAUUUGGCUCCAGUAUCAUUCUUCAGCAUCUUGUUAUUAAAUUAAUGAAUAUUCGAACACAGAAAAUUACUUACAUUGAUGCUAAAUCUAUUGUAUCUAACCUUCGCCAAUCAGCUAUCGAUCCAAUAUGUCUUCUUGUUCUUCAUGCACUUUCUGGAUGUUCUGCCACGUCAUUCAUUAGGAAUAUCACAAAAGAAAAGGUUUUCAGUUGUUUCUUCAAUAAUCCACAGCAAUAUGCUUCUAUUAAUAAAUUAAAUUGUAUUCCACCACCUAAUGAAUCUAUUGCUGCUUGUGAACGGCUAGUUAUUAAUUGCUAUUCUUUUGGUAAAGCUGUAAGAUCACUUGAUGAACUUCGUGCAGUUAUGGCUGAUAUUCGUAUCAAAAAUCGAGCUCGUACUAACAUCGCUUCAUCUUUACCACCAUCAACAGCAGCAUUUAAACAACAUUGCCUAAGAGCUGCAAGGCAAGUAAAAAUAUGGAUUGAUUGUUUUGAUUCUUACCCGAUAGCACCAUCAAUGCUUGAUUCUGGAUAUGAAAAUACUGAUAGUGACAGUAAUUAUAAAAUUAAAUGGACUGACCUUCCUGAAAAACCUUAUGAUCCUCGACUUGAUUCAUGUGGUGAAUGCAAAUCGAAUUGUAAUCGUUGUAAGUGUCGGAAGAACAACAUCCCUUGUACGUUUUAUUGUAAAUGUGAUGUUAGUUCUUGCACCAAUCAGCCAAGUGCUCAAACCAUGUCAUUAACUCAAAAUGAUUCAAUUUCUUAUAAUAAUGCUGACCAUGAACAUUCAGCUGAUGAAUCUCAAAAAAGUGAUAAUUAUUACAGUGAUACAUCGUUUAUAUCACAAACAAAUUCAAUUUAUUAUCAGACUGAUGAUUCAGAAGUUGAUACUGAUAAUGAAAACGAAAACGAAAAUUAUAAUAAAUUUAACUUCAAUAAAUCGAUCAUUAAUACAUCAGUAGUUGCUUCGGAAAAUGAUCCUAAUUUUUCAAUACUUCAUGAUCAUAAUUACUCAUUUGGUGUUGUUCAAAUAUGUCAUCUACUAUAUCAACUAUUGUUUGUAGUUAAAGAAAUCAAAAUUGAAGUUAUUUGGAACAUACAAAUAUUUUAUUAA